AAAACCUUCAUUUCUUUUCGACUGAAGAAAGAAAAACAUGAACAUCUUGGAUGACAUAGGGAGCAGAGCUCGUGUGAAGAUGGAGCGGUCUCGCACAGCCUUCGACCACUGGAUGCACAAACACCACUUCACAUUCAGAGACACGCGCGGCAGAAACAUCACCGUGCAGUGCAACCUCUGCCUCCCCAAAAUCAACAUCCUAUCCACCGCCAGGGACUCCACAUCCAACCUGAAGAAGCAUUUAGAGUGUCACUCACCUUGCCAGAUGCGCAAACGGCAGCACAGCGAAAUGUCGGAGCCUGAGCCUCUUUUUCUCCCACCCAAGCGGCUGAAGUCCGUUGUUUGGGAGUAUUUUGGGUAUUUAAAAGACCCAGGAGGCACCAUCCUUGUUGAUGGUUAUCCAGUUUGUAGAAUGUGUCGGAAAAAAGUGUCGGCUCGGGCGGGCAACACUUCAAACAUGAUGCACCAUCUACGUGACCACCACCCCAAGGAAUUUGCAAAGCUGAAUAGAAAGCAUUCUGUGGUGUGUAGGAAGAGAAUAAGGGAUGCACCAAGCAGUGAUGGACCAAGCAAUUACGGACCAAGCAUUAUGGAAAAUCAAACAGAAGAAUCAGCCGAAGCAAAAGAAGCUAAGUCCGAUCCCACCAUUUAUUAUCAAACACAAUCCAGGCUAAAUGCACUGGUUUUUAAUUUCAUCGUGGAGGAUGUGCAACCCAUUUCAAUUCUCGAGCAACCUGGCUUCAAAAAGUUGAUUGAAGCAUUAAGCAGAGGCAAAAAAGUCAUGAGCCCAAACGCUUUUGUCACCAGGCUUGAUGUGACAUUUGAUAGAAUGAAAGGGGAGCUAAAAGCGAAACUCGACAAAGUGCAGACAUUGUGUACAACUGCUGAUAUAUGGUCGGUGCAGGACAGAAGUUAUUUUGGAAUGACGUGCCACUGGCUUGAGGACAAUCUCGAAAGGAAGUCUGCUGCUCUUGCCUGCACAAGAAUCCCUAUCAGCUACACCUGUGAAACCAUUAUUGCUAAAAUUCAAGAAAUUCACUCUUCCUAUAACAUCGAGAGCAAAGUUCAGGCCACCGUCACUGACAACUGUAACAAUUUCGUGAAGGCUUUUAAAGAGUUCUCAUCUGAGGAUGACCAAGAAGUGGAGGACAGUCACUUUGAGGAUUUGGGCAGUAUUCUUUGUGACGGAGAAAUGGGUGGAGACUUCUUUCUGAGUUAUUUCUUACCACCCCACCAAAGGUGUGCAGCUCAAACAUUGAACUUGAUUGCCUCAAAGGACCUAGCGGAUGCUGUCUCAAAUGGAACGGCAGGUAAAUUGCACAGUAGCGCGAUUGCAAAAUGUGCCGCGAUAUGGCACAAGACCCAUUCCUCUACGGAAUCUGCUGAGGCAUUGGAAUCCAUUGCAAAAAUGACAAUCACAGUUCCUUGCCUGAAUAAGUGGAGCUCGGAAUACUAUGCCGUUAACAAGCUGAUGUCGCUUACUGAUUCGCAGCUCAACGAAUUGACCGAAGCCUUGGGUGUCACACGUUUCACACCUGACGAAACCGCGUAUCUCACAGAAUAUACAGACGUCUUCAAACCAGUGGCAUUUGCGCUUGACCUUCUGCAGGGAGAAGAAAAGUGUUUCCUUGGCAUUGUGAUACCAACGUUGUUGACCCUUAAAAGGAAGCUGGAGGAGAAGGCGGCAAACACCCACCUGUUCUCCAAGGUCAUUGAGAACACCGUUAAAGCAAUUGACUCCCGCUUCAAGCAGGUGUUUGACAGUUCUGAUGCCAGAUUGGCCACAGCCACCAUGCCACAGUUCAGAUUGUGGUGGUUACCAGAAGAUGAGAGGGAAGCUCUUCGAGCGCAGUUGAUCACUGAGGUUGUACAGGUAGACCAAGGGACUGAGGAAACCGAGACCAAUGGAGGCUCUGUUCAUGAGGAUGAUUUCUUCUCAUAUGGACCUGGAAGUUCUGGCAACAAAGGUGGAAAGAGGGAAGCGGCAGAAGAGGUGUGGCUGUAUCUUCAGGGCACAAACAAAGAUCUGAAAUGCCUAAAUGAAUUUCCAGGGGUGAAAAAAGUGUUCAUCAAGUUCAACACAACUCUGCCCUCAAGCGCCCCAGUGCAACAUCUCUUCAGCAACGGGGCCAACGCUGUUACCGCAAAAGGAAAUCAUCUCACAGAUGAACAUUUUGAGCGUGUACUCCUUUUACGUUACAACAGCAAAAUCACUACUGCGUUGGAGUAAUUAAUGCUGAUGUUUAUUGUAAAAUAAACUUUUUUUUUUUUUUUUGUAUAGUUAAUAGGAUAUAUGUUCUGCCCCCCCCCCCCAAAUAUUACAACUAUUCUACACAAAGCAUGUGCCACCAAAUAAAUUUUGGAAAACAUUUAUUUCUUAGUAAACGUGUAAACAAAAGUAAAUUUGUUUCUUUUAAAGCUUGGACUAGUGGUUCUAGAACUGUUCGUAGAACAUGGUAGUCAUUGAAUAAUCUAGAUGUAUAAGAUUAGAGCUUACUCUAAGAUUUAAAUCAUGUUCGGAGCUGUUGUAAAAUGCUUAACGCAUAACUGUAACCACACGUUAAUGAGACAUGUUGCUACAUUGCUUAGCAACUGUAAACAAACUAUAUCACUUGGUGGAAGAAUUGUUUAUUCUGAUUCUCAUUACUAAUAAAAGUGUUUUUUGAA